AUGAUCGGUCAGAUUUGGGUGUUGUUGUUGAUCCCUGUGGUUCUGUCGCAUCAACAGCCCUCGUUCCCGGGCCAGGAUGCGCACAAGCCUCCAGAAGUUCACCACCAACAACCUCCACCACCACCUCCACCUCACCAAGGACAAGCGCCUUCACAGGCUUCGUUCGGAGGAGAGCAGGCCAAGGAUGAAGGGUAAGAUAAUGUUUUUGAUCCUUCGCUCUUGGUUUAGAGGCUCAAAUGAUGGCAAAUAAAUAUAUUAUGAUAGAAUAUAAUCUUGUGCAUCUUUUAGGCACAUUAAGGAGCAUUUAGAAGGAAAAGUGGACCCAACAGCGAACAUGACACCAGAACAACUUCAGUUCCACUACUUUAACAUGCAUGAUUUGGACAAAAACGGACGUUUAGAUGGAGUUGAGCUCAUAAAAGCUAUCACUCACUUCCACCAAGGUAUGUAAAAGCUUUCUGAUUAGUUUUUAUUGUUUUAGACAUCAAAUGGAAUGUUUGUUUAGCUGCAAACAGCUCAUAUUGUCUAUGGUAGAUCUUAUGAACUAAAAUGAAUAAAAAAUUAAACUAAUGGCAGUUUCAACUGGUUAAACCAUUAUGUUUUAGAAAACCCAACAAAUCAGCAACAACAGCACGAUCAGCAUGCUCCACCACCACUUCCGUCCGAAGAAGAGCUGGAGCAAAUGAUUGACGCCAUCUUAAAAGAAGAUGACUUCAAUAAUGAUGGAUAUAUUGAUUAUGGAGAGUUUUUGCGAGCUCAAAAACAACGUGAAGAACAAGCCAAACAGCACCAGCAACAACAACAGCAGACACCACCGCCAACACAAUAG